AUGGCGGCUGAGAAGCGGCGCAAGCUCAACCGUUACAACACUGUCGAUGACGCCGUGCGCCUGCUCAAAGAGUCAAAGAAUAUUGGUAUUCUAUGUGGUGCCGGCAUCUCCACCGCUGUUGGUAUUCCUGACUUCAGAUCGAAGGACGGCUUGUAUAAUUCAGUGACUUUUCGAUUCACUGAUCCACAGCAGCUCUUCUAUCGCGAAACAUUCGAAGACGAUCCCAAGGCCUUUUGGACGGACGUAUUCCCCAUCGUUCCGAAGCUGAUACAAGGAGACGUCCUUAGACGAGACGGAUCUGAGUCAAAACACGCCAUUGCAGCGAUUCCGAAGUACUCCAAAGUCCACUCCUUCUUCGACCUUCUCCAAAGUAAGGGAAAGCUAAACACUAUCUUCACCCAGAAUAUUGACGCACUUGAACUCGCUGCCGAUGUCGAACCUGACAAAAUCAUCGCCUGUCAUGGAUCAUGGGACACUGCCACGUGUCUAAGUUGUGAUGGCAAGAUCCAUGCCAAUGACUAUCUUCCGGUAGUACUGGACCACAAGUUGCCACUCUGUGAGUGUGGACGACCGGAACCAGCUGAUCCGAAUGCCAGGAAAUCUGCACGCACCAAGAAGGAGGUGGUUCUGGAUGACGAUCAGGUGCGGUAUUUACCAACCUACGGCGGCCAGCAAGUGACGCAGAAGAAGCGUGUUGGACGCAAGAAACGAAGAGCCAUGGAGGCAGAGCUCGACGACAUACUCAAACGCGAUAGUGACGACGAUGACAAGUUCGAUCCGCCUGCGCGGCGCGGCCUGCUCAAGCCUGACAUCACAUUCUUCGGCGAAUCAGUAGUCUCGAGUUACCAGCCACGCUUAGAUGCCGUCAAAGACGACCUGGACCUACUGAUCAUCAUCGGCACUUCAUUAGCCGCUGCGCCCGUGAGCCAGCUUCCCCUGGAAAUCCCACCAGAUGUGCCACAGAUAUGGGUCUCGAAUAAAACUCUGAAGACCUCUCUCGUGCGUGGCCUUCAGGUUGACAUCGAGCUGAUUGGGGAUGCCGACUCCAUCAUCACAGAGCUUUGCGCGCGUACAGGCUGGAGCAACGGUCUGACGAACAGGAUAUGGAGAAAUCAUCUCGGCUCGCGAAAGCAGGGAAGAAUCAAGGUGCUUGAGCAAGUGGCCGCUGCAAGGACGACCGACCUCGCAAAGCCUGCGGCUGCGGAAACGGCUGAGCCUAUACAAGCCUCGAUACCAACACUUGAUGGCACUACCGAAUCUAAUGCUCACAUCGAUCCCGUUGCUGUAGGUCUGGGGUUGGAAGCAGUCGCAACAGGCCUCCUGGAGCCGGCAGUGCCUGAGAAGACAUCACUAUUGCCACUUGUCAAACAGCAAAGCACCAAUGUAGCCCACACAACCUCCACUCCUGUUCUGACGACAAUCGACUCGCAUCCGGCUGCAGAUUCAGCCACCUCAAUAGUCGACGCAGCAACUGCUGUAGAUCCAGGCCUUCCACUGCCACCACUCACCACUGCUCCUCCUGUGGUAUCUGCAGUCCCUGCUGUCAGCAUCUCGCCAUCUAAAUCACCGCCUUUGCCAUUCAGAAGUGGCAUUAAGAGACCGCUGAGCAUCGGCGACGCUUUGACGCCUCCCGCAUCAUCAGUCAAGGCUAGUGCACUCGAGCCUCGUGAAACCGCGAAAGCUCUGCCGCCUCCAGUAUUGCCAGGCUCACCGCCGGACUCAAGUCCACUUCGCCCCACCAAAGUCGCACGUACGCAGUCCAUUACAAACAUUGCAGAGCGGCCUGCAGUAGUGGCGACAGUAGCGACACCGGCUGAGCAGGGGCAGCUGAAGAUCUUCGCGGAUGAUAUUUUUGAGCAUAUCACUUACUUCAAGAGGCGGUAG